CAGCAUUCAUUCUGUUUUGUUCAUCCGCCGUUUGUUUUCAAGCCUGCACCGAAAACGAAAAUAAUCAGUUACUUUGUGCGUCGGGAAUUUCGUGCGUCUUGGUUGCACUCAACAAAUUUGCACUCGUAGUAUGCUCAUCGAAAAUCGGAACAUACUGAUAAGAAUGGUGAUAACGUUUGUCAAUGUAAUAUAUAUGUGAUUAUUCAGCGUCCUGGACGACGAAAAUUCACGAGAGUCUAUUUUCUUGUGGACUGCAUCGCCUUAUGUAGUGCUUUCUUGAUUUGUGUUAAAUUUAGUGUAGAAUAAUGGUCGAUCUUACCGAAACGCAAUCAUUUAGCGGAAAACCCUCUUUGUCCAGUCGGGGAGCAUCCAGUGUUGAUAAAUAUGAACUAGAAUGGCUCAACAUUGCCACUAUAGCAAACGAUGAAACACUGUACGAUCUUCGACAUGCCGCUGUACGUGGUGAUUUGCGGGCCUCUCCAUUCCGAAGCAUCUGUUGGGCAGUAUUCCUAGGAGUUCUUCAGUCGCCUUCAAAGGACUGGGUCAAACAGCGGCAAACCAACCGGAUAGAGUACAGAGAACUAAAAAACCGACAUAUGCUAAACCCUCAUCAUAACUCUAAUGGCACUGACGAUCCGCUUUCCCAAUCGAAGCAGAGCCUGUGGAAUCAGCAUUUCUGUGAUCAGGAAUUAUGUUCCGUUAUAAGGCAGGAUGUCGUUAGAACUUUUCCUGGUGUGGAUUUUUUCCGCAAGAGUCCCGUGCAGGAAAUGAUGACUAAUAUAUUGUUCUGUUAUGCGAGAAAGCACCCGGCGAUGUGCUAUCGGCAGGGUAUGCACGAAAUUCUCGCGCCAUUGAUUUUUGUAAUUCACAGCGAUCAACAAGCCCUGGCGCAUAUUCUGGAGUUGAAACCAGAGAUAGAUCCUAAUCUAGUGGAAAUCCUUAAUAUUCAAAAUUUGGAAGAAGAUUCCUUUGCUAUCUUCUCUAAAAUCAUGCAACGAAUUGCAUCGUUCUAUCGAAUAACUGACCUAGUUCCAACAGCUACCGGAUAUUUUCCAAUGACGACACCUGUGUCUGUAGCGAGUCCAGAGAAGGGAUCCGUCCGUAGGAAUAAACCCGAGAUAGAAGUGGUCGAACAGUUGAAUUACAUUAAAGACAAAAUUCUCAUCAAAGAGGAUCUCCACUUGCAUAAUCAUCUGUUGAAAUUAGACAUUCCAUUAGCUAUAUUCGGUGUUCGUUGGCUGCGGUUACUUUUUGGGAGGGAAUUUGCCCUUCAAGAUCUGCUUCUCCUUUGGGAUGCGAUUUAUGGUGAAGGCGAUGAGCUAAGUCUGAUUAAUUUUAUCGUUGUUGCAAUGCUUAUACGAAUAAGAGAUAGAUUAAUAUAUAGUGAUUACACAACCUGCCUAACGCACUUGAUGCGGUAUCCAGUUAACGAGGAUGUAUCACUGAUUAUUCGUCACGCUUUACACAUGAAAUCUCCCAAGAUCUACGAACGACCGGCAGGUGCAAUGAUAUAUGUCUCAUCGCCUCCACCGAAGAAACCACAACAACCUGUGAUGCGUUCGAAAAACAUCGAGAUGGAGUACCUUAAAUACUCUUCGUUACCAAACGUACAAAAACGUCACAAUAAGGCAGGUAUUACCAAGGAUCGAGAAAAUGAUCCGUCCCGAACAACAUCCCUGUCGAGAAAUUCCGUAUCAAUGCGAGGCUCAAGCGCCAUUGAGCUUAGGGAAAGUGCAGUAAAAGCCGCGAAGCAAGCAGCCGCGGCGUCUCAUCAAAACGAAACCAUUCAAACUUCUAAUGUCUCGGAUGGAUAUUUUGAAGAUGAUCCCGAACUAUUGAAAAUUGAGCUACAAGAAGCAUACAAUAUAAUGUCAAUUAGUCGAUCGAAGCUGUUGCAGUACCUCAACGUACUGCGGCGUCACGCGCGUCCUUCCAAUCCAACAGGUGAACUCCAGCAGUCGUUAGAUGGUAUCGAAGAAAUUUGCUCACUGCUGAAACCGCGCCAUGACACCGUAUUUCGAGCACCGGCACCAAUCGAUGCCGCCACGGAAGCAAACGAAGAACAAUCUCAUUCUAAACGUUUCUCUACUGUGACGAAAUCUCACCAAGGGCAGCGCAUGCAAACUCCUCCGACAAGUCUCAAUCUGCAACGUUCCUACAAUUACGAUCUGGAUUGCCGUCGAAACAGCGCUUCUGCAAUUUCACAGUAUGAAAUUCCCGAAGAUCUGUACAGUGGAAUCGCAACGAAGAAGCUAGCUAAUCGUAAGGAAGUAGAAAUGCACGUGUUCCAACAGGACUUUGCCGAUCGUACCCGACGAUUAGACGAUAAAGAGAUGCCAAAUGCGGAUCCUCUUCAAACCGGCCGUAGGAAUUCUGAAUGAUUUAUAAAUAUAAAUACGUUGUUUCAAGUUGCGAAUGGCCUGUACAAGUAUUCUUGUUAACACUAUUGUACUGCUGUUCUACUCAUAAAUGUUGCAUGCGGUACAGAUUCUCAAAUAAUAAGAGACAAUUAUGCCUGGAACGGUAGUGUAUAAUUGAUAUUAUAAAGUUAGAAUAAAAUCGUUCAGCGAAACAAUAAUUUAUAUACACAGUUUAAACACGUCUACAUUUGAUCGGUAUGUGUCCAGUUUACUUGAAUCAGUGCAGAAAACCAAUACGGAAGUGUAUG